AAUUAACCCAAAAUAAAUUUCAAGUCGGAGUUGGGAUUCUUCUCACAGAAAGACAAGAAAGCUCUCUGUGUUUUUGUUCGCUAGGGUUUGUCUCAAAUCUCUCCAACGUUUCUCUACGUUUCUCAACUCUACAGCCAUGGCGAGCACCAAAGUCCAGCGUAUCAUGACCCAACCCAUUAAUCUGAUCUUCAGGUUUCUUCAAAGUAAAGCACGAAUUCAGAUUUGGCUAUUUGAGCAGAAAGACUUGAGGAUUGAAGGUCGAAUUAUUGGCUUUGAUGAAUAUAUGAAUUUGGUUUUGGAAGAUGCAGAAGAGGUCAAUGUUAAGAAGAAAACCAGAAAGUCACUUGGGAGGAUUCUACUUAAAGGGGACAACAUUACUCUGAUGAUGAACACGGGAAAAUAAUGAGCAGUCUGGCAGUCGUUAUGAUGAUGUAUCUUUCAUAAUAGGAAGGUUCCUAUUCUUCUUCUGUUUCUAUCCUUGAAUUCAACUUGUGUCAUUGACAUCUUUUAGAUGAUUAUAUGGCUAAUAGUUUGAUAUAUGGCAACCCUUUUUAUCCUAUUUGGUUACACUUUGUAUUUCCAUUAGAGAGCUCUGACAAGUUCACCCAGCAUGAACCAUGUUGCGUUGUUUGUGUUUAGUAUCAAUUUAAUCUUCCGAAAAUCUAAAUUACAUAAUGUUUGUUUUGCCAAA